AUACCACCCUACCCCCUCAGACAAACAAACUCUUGUUAUUCAUUCCUCCUCGAUGCCCCCAAAAAAAAUCCGUCCCGGAGCGUCAUCGAAAGAAUGUCCAACGAUCGUACGGCGGGGCCUCCAGGCUACGAAGAGGAUGGCAAGGCGUAUGGAGACGUCGACGGCCCACCUUCCGAAGCACGCGGCCAUGAGGGGCUCGGCCAUCCCAUCCAGUCAGACCUCCUCAACCGUGCGCUUUCCGCUCGUCAGGUCCAGAUGAUCGCCAUAGGCGGCACGAUUGGCACCGGUCUCUUCCUGGGCACGGGCCGGUCUCUGGCUACCGGGGGGCCGGCAUCCAUCUUGAUCGCGUACAUCAUUGUUGGAGCCAUCGUGUUUGUCACCAUGUUGAGCCUCGGGGAGAUGGCGGCGUUUAUUCCCGUCGCUGGUAGCUUUUGCACCUUUGCUGGGCGCUUUGUCGACGAUGCUUUUGGUUUCGCCCUGACCUGGAACUAUUGGUUCAAUGAUGCCGUCUCCACCGCCGCAGACUUGGUUGCUCUGCAGUUGAUCUUGCAGUACUGGACAGAUAACUUCCCAGGGUGGGCGCUCAGCUUGAUUUUCUGGGUGGUUCUGAUUGGCAUCAACAUCAUUACUGUCAGAGCGUACGGCGAAGUCGAGUACUGGCUCAGCCUGCUUAAAGUCAUCACAAUCAUUGUCUUCAUCAUCAUGGGAAUAGCAGUCAACUGCGGUGGGAAUAUCGACCACCAUUAUAUAGGAGGCGAGAACUGGCGACUCCCGGGUGCUCCAUUUGUUGAUGGCAUCGGUGGCUUUGCAUCUGUCUUUGUAACUGCAUCGUUUGCCUACGGCGGCACGGAAUCCAUUGCAAUUACGGCUGGAGAGACGAAGAAUCCGGCCAAGAAUAUCCCCCGAGUCGUCAAGAAUGUCUUUUGGCGAAUACUCUUAUUCUACGUUAUUUCGAUCAUCAUCAUCGGUCUCAACGUCCCCUACAACUACCCAAACCUCGAUGCCAAGGAGACCCGAACCUCCCCUUUCACCAUUGUUUUCCAGAUGACCGGUGCCCACGCUGCAGGGAGUGUGAUCAAUGCGGUAAUUUUGACAAGCGUCUUGUCCGCCGGCAACCAUGCCCUGUUUGCUGGGACGAGAUUGCUCUACACACUCGGCGUCGAAGGACACGCUCCUUCAUUCUUCAGCAAGUUGAACCGGAAUCAGGUACCCUGGGUGGCCGUCCUCUUUACUGGUUUCGUCAGCGGUCUUUGCUUCGGGGCAAGCUUCAUCGGAGCGGGUCAGUUAUGGACCUGGCUGCAAAACAUCGUCGGCGUGUCCAACCAACUAAGCUGGAUCGCCAUCGGCAUCACCUCUCUCCGCUUCCGCGCUGCCCUCGAACUUCAGGGCAAGACGCACCUGCUCCCCUUCCGCAACUGGACGUACCCCGUUGGCCCGUACCUCUGCGUCAUUCUUAACUGCGUUCUUGUGCUCAUCCAGGGCUGGAGCUGUUUCAGUCCCACCUUUGACGGUGUCAGCUUCGUGAGCUUCUACAUCGAACUGCCGGUCAUGUUGGUUAUGUACUUGGGCUGGAAGCUAGUCAAGAAGACUAAAAUCGUCGGCUUGGCUGAAAUGGAUCUGGAUACCGAUACAUAUGUUGUGGGUCAGGAGAAGGAUGAAGAGAAAGGCUGGAAGAGAAAGGCGAAGGAUGCGUUGGUCUGGGUAUUUUAACAUAUAUGUGGGAGUUGAUUUGAGCCUGUCUGGCCAGCUGUAGAUAGUCCAGUUUCAGACAGUACCCAGUACCGAUACCCAAUGCAGCCCAAUCAAGCAAAUAUAUGAA